UGCUCUCUCCAGUCUCUUUGUUCAAUUAAAGUUUUAACAUCAGGUCCAUCGGCGACUAAAAGUAUGUUAUAACUCAAAAACCAACUUGUCACUUCCAAAUUGGUGACGAAAAUGUCUUAAAAACAUCUUUCUUCGUCCUUUUCUCGGCAAAAAACCCUGAGACCACUUCCCAGAAACUGGACGGGGAAAAUCAGGGUUUUGAUUGAAUUGACCACGGUCGAAAAACAAACAUUUGAUAUGUGGCCAGUGUUUAAAAAGCACGAGAACGCAGACCGCGAAAGCCUUGGAAGUUCCAUACGUUACGGUCCAAACUCAGAUGAAAGGCCUGUUGCUUCGAACAAAGUAGUUUGAGGAAGUUCAUAUUAAAAGGGGAAAAGUUGUAACCACAAAACACUGUUCAACUGAAAGAGAGAAAAGAAAAAAAGAUUGUAAGAAAGGGACAAUGGGAGACGCCCGGAAAAGGUUAGAAGAAGAGCAAGAAGGACUCAAAAUGGGAUUUUCACUCUCUGUUCUGCAAGAGUGGCAAAAUUGGCGCCCAAAUUCUUUGGGAAACCAUUUUAGUCUAAGGGACUGGAGUUGUGUCAGACUUCAGGGUGGAACUUUUGGACUGGUCGGGAUUGUGGACCCAAGCAAAUCUGGCCAAAAGACCUUGGGCUUGAAUCCAUAAAUCAGACCAAAGUGGUUCCCUUCGGCGAGUCCAUUCCCACUUUAUUUUACUGAUUCUCCAAUGAUAUGAAAGACCCAGAGAGCUUGAGGUUGCAUGGAUUUCCAUUCGGAGAUCCUCAUUGUCUGAUCUAACCUCCACCUUAAAGUUCAAAGAACCACCAGUGCAACGGGGAAAGAGAGAGAUUCACAGUGAGAAAAGAAAUUGUAACUCUCUGUGGAGAUUAGAGACUCGAGGGAGUUCUUGCUCAGCGUUUUGAUUUUUCUUCAAAGCUCCGACUUGGCACAUUGGCACAUGCUAAGAUCCCAGUUGAGUCCCAGGAUGCUAAAGAGUACACACAUGGCUCGGUCCAUCGGGUUUGUUGCAUAGGAACUUUUCGCUUUCGAUGGAUCCUUGUGUCUUGUCACGCUUGUUGGAGCGGAAUGUGAAUUGGCGGUCCAUUUGUGGCACGGGGAGUUUGAGGCCGGUCCAAAUUGUACCUAUGCGCCAAUGGAGUUGGGAGUUGGGACGCAAUGGAAUAUGGUAAUGGGCACUCCAUCAGCACGUACAUGGCAUGCAAGUAAAUGUAACGAUACCCUAAGAUGGAUUGAAGUUGAGGUGUACGGUAGCCCAAUAAAAGGAGGUCUCUCAAUCGUCAGGAGAACGUAAUGAUUUGGAAGCUACCUUUUGAGGCCAGUAGUGCAGCUUUCAAUUUGUUGCGAUCGUUCCAACCUGAUCACUGAAUCAUUGAAUGCUCGAAUAAGAAAAGUAGUGAUAAAGUCUGGACAUAUAACCCCGAUUGAUUCUUUGAAACUGAGAGGUGUGGCUAGAAUGAAGACACAUUUUCCAAGCAUCAGAACAAAGCAAUAUAAGGCAAAGACAUCUGCCUCUUUCACAACAAACAAGUUCAUCAAAUUUAUCGCGGUACGGAAAGUAAAUGCUUAGAUAAAAACCCAUUGAUGAAAAGUGUUUGCUUUUUGCACUGUUCAGUUUGAACCAAACACGUUUGGAACAAAAUGGCAAAUAUCCAAAAUGAUCUUGACAAGGCAAACAAAGCAUGACUUGAAAGUCGCCCAAAGAAUUCAUUUUUCCAUGAAGAAGAAUGUUUGAAUUUUUUGCAAUUUUUUAGUGGCCCACAAAUGUCCAUGUUCACUCCUCCGUCUCAAGUACUCCCUUGAUUUGGAUUAGGCUUCAAUUUUUUGCCCAACCCACUAUAGCCCUUCCUGACACCUAGUACUCCUUCUUAUGGGUAAGGGUUGAAUAACCAGCUGUUGCCAUUGGCUAUUUCGGUCAGGUAAGGGGAUCAAUCUCUAACGCCUGACCUCUAAGGAAAAUAUGCCCCAAUUAUGGACCACUGUGUUACGAUCUGCUUGAUACUGCAAUGCCUCAUUUAUCUUGACGGGACGUACCCGAAUAAUUUCUGCAUGGGUCCUGACGUAUAAUGCAAAACAAAACAAAUGGUCAAUAUUUGGGUACUCAUUUCUUUCUAUGAGAAUGCGGGAGGAAGAGAAAGCAUUUAGAAAUAAAUGCUUCACUGAAGCAUAGCAGAAACUCGGAAUAAGGAGAACAAACAACUUUCUAUUGAAUUCAAGGGUUACGGUAGUAAAUACCCUCUACAGGAAGCCCUUUUAUAUCGUAUACCUGUUUCGAGGCUUAAUUGAUAGUGCCUGGUUUGCCAAUUAAUCUGCAGAAAAGAUCAAUUAUUCCCAAACUAGAGAGUGUCUAUCCAUGAGUUUGACGUGAUUGGUUGGACCAAUCGUUGUACAAGUGUUUAGACCAGAGAGCGUUUUGUCCUUCACUCGAUCAUCUCCAUGAGCCGAUCUCUACCGAAAUAAUCAAUAAAGGACCUUGGUUCUUCAUAUGACAUGACUAUGUGAUCUCUUCCAUAAUUUGUGAGCCCUUAUUUGAAAGUCAAGCUCCUCGUCUCCGUGUCUCCGUGCCUCGAGUGCUAGGGAUUGGUCUUCGUGAAGUGAGUGAUAUCAAGAUGUUGGAAGUGACAGAGCCUCCCAAUUUUAGGCGAGCCUCUCUCAUCUCGGAAAUCUAUUCAGAGACUCACACAUUUGAAAACGUGCCCGGGAGGAAGAAGCCUCAAUUUUCUGCCAUCACCUCAGUUAGCGAUGCUGAAGAGCCAGAAAAUGGUGUUGGCAUAUGUGGAAUGCUACUUACGGGUAUCUCGUGGAUCCUGGUUAUCGUCACGUUACCCUUUUCUCUUUGUGUGUGCUUCAAGGUUGUUCAAGAGUAUGAAAGGGCUGUUAUCUUCCGGCUAGGUCGAUUACUGUCCGGAGGAUCCCGAGGACCCGGUAUCUUCUUUGUCCUACCUUGCAUCGAAUCCUAUCAAAAGGUUGAUCUCCGUACAAUCACUUUGAGUGUUCCACCCCAAGAAGUCUUGACCAAAGAUUCGGUGACCGUGUCCGUGGACGCCGUGGUCUACUACCGGGUGUCCAAUGCCACGGUGUCCGUGGCCAAUGUCGAAAAUGCUCAUCAUUCAACUCGGCUCUUGGCCCAAACCACACUCAGGAAUAUUCUGGGAACGAAGAAUCUUCAUGAAAUCCUCAGCGAUCGAGAGAGUAUCUCAGGAUCCAUGCAGGCUGCCUUGGACGACGCCACAGAGCCUUGGGGUAUCAAAGUGGAACGCGUGGAGAUAAAAGACGUCCGACUUCCCGUUCAACUUCAGAGAGCCAUGGCCGCCGAGGCCGAGGCCGCCCGAGAGGCUAGAGCGAAAGUGAUUGCCGCUGAGGGUGAACAAAAAGCUAGUCGAGCUCUUCGUGAUGCUUCCAAUGUGAUUGCCGAUACCCCUGCUGCGUUGCAGUUGCGUUACUUACAGACGUUAAACACGAUAUCAGCCGAGAAGAACUCAACCAUCGUCUUUCCAUUGCCAAUCGACAUUUUGAAUCACAUCAUGAAACCCAAAGAGGAGUAGUGCUACUUAGGCAGGGCUCCCACUUAUCCACAAAGAAAUACAUAAUCUUCCGCACGAUGUUCAACUAUAAUUCAAGGUUUCGUGAGCUGUGAUGAGCAUAAUUAUUCAUACUUCCGCCAUCGCAAGUGAUCGAGCGGAGAACUUGAGCGAAUAGUAUUUUGAAACCAAGCUGCUACUGCAAUGCUGCCAAGAAAACGUCAAAAUGAACAACAACUCGAACAAGCUGCACUGUAGUGAAUUUAAUUCUCAGUUCUGUGUCAGGGCAGUGUUGCUACCAUAAAUGUCAGUGGGUUGGCCCCGAGAAGAGUUGAUACCAGAUGAAUAGUAUUCAGACAGAGCGAUUGCUAAAAGAAAUGGCACCGAACGAAUAAUGAUGUGCUAUUCCUGAUGGAAUUGAUGUUAAAAGAAAGAUUAUCGAGAUUCUGAAAUAAAACUGUAUCCAUUGAGCGUGCCUAUUGCUAUCAUUUGUCAGUCAUGCAUGGUUCCAAAACCAAGCGCAAAAUGUGCCAUUAAAAGAGC